AUGACGGUCAUCGUCCACCUCCGGCCGGAACGCGCCGAACGCAGCGGAAACAAACAAGAAGAUUCAAUCGACAAUUUUAUUAUUCCUAAUAGAACCACAAAAGUAACAAGAAAUAAUAAUCGAUACAAAUCAAUUUUAAUAUGGAACAGUCCAGACCGGAUCGAGACUUCCGCUUUUGGUUUGGGACACGAGCCUUUCAUCCGCAACGGAUGCCAAGUGUCCGAUUGCGUCAUCUUCGAUAACGAAACAGCUUUACCCCUAAAAGAAUACGACGCCAUUGUCAUGAACAUGCACGUCAUUUGGUUAACCGAAUUCCCUUAUUUCAAAAGGCGGCAGCACCAGCGCUUCAUCUUCAUGACGCAAGAGUCUCCGGCUUCCAUGUUAUUCCUCCGGGUCAAGACGCUGAAAAAUUAUUUCAACUGGACGAUGAGCUACAGACACAAUUCAGACAUUCAAUUUCGGUACGGGCGGAUCCUUCCGGGCCCAUCGGCUCCCAAGACUCGAGCGGAAACGCGGAAAUUAAUUAAAUCAACUCAUCAAUCAGCCAAGAAUUAUGCCGCCAAUAAAAUUCACCUGGCAGUUUGGAUGGCGUCCCAUUGCGAAACUCCCAGUUUACGGGAAACUUACGUCCGCCAACUGAGUAAAUUCAUUCCGGUCGACAUCUACGGCGGGUGCGGUAAUUUCAGUUGCAUCCGCAACGACUCCCAUUGGCUGUCUGACCCCAAAUGCUACGACAUGAUGGAAGCGAAAUACAAAUUCUAUUUAUCGUUCGAGAAUUCCAUUUGCGACGAUUACGUCACGGAGAAAUUUUUUGAAAUUAUGAACCACGAUAUUAUUCCGGUGGUUUACGGCGGAGCCAAUUACAGUCGGAUCGCACCUCCUCACUCGUACAUCGACGCCUUGCAAUUCACACCAGAGACGCUGGCCCAGUACCUCAAAGUCCUAGACGCCAACGACCAAUUGUACAACGAAUAUUUCUGGUGGAAGGGCCACUACGCGGUGGAAUCCGGAGUGGAACAAAUGGCUCGGCACGGAUUCUGCGACUUGUGCAAGAAACUCCAUCAAGAUGAAGGCGUCGUCAAAUUUUACCCUCAACUGGUGUCGGAAUGGGACCCUAAAAAGAGAUGCAAAUAUUUCGAUUCAUGGGAGACGCAAUCUUAA